CGUCGUAUUUUAGUCUCAAAAUAAAGGGUUUGCGGGUCACAUGGGGUCCACCAAUGGUGUGACAAUUGUUUAUAAGAGUCUAGUGAUUUAAUCUUGUUAAUUUUUUACUCGUCCGACCCUAACACUGCGCCAAGAUGGACAACGCUGCGGCGGCUGCCUAUGCAACAAAUCCUCAACUUCCUCCUUCUCUGGUCGUUUUCUCCCAGUCGGGAGACACUCUCAGCGAUGUGCUGACUAUGCAAAGGACCUUCAAUCCGCAGCUUCCGAAGGACUUUCACUUGCCUGGAAGAUUUAGCUACCCUGGUCACUUGCUGCAACACUUGCAGCCGCAUCAGUUUCUGCACCCAGCUCUUGACCCACGAUUGACUUUUGGCACCCACGGCGCGUUCCGGCCGCUAUCAGCUUUCGCCCCUCCGCAGGCCAAGAGUCUCAAAACAGGGCCUGACAUCAGGGCAGGUUGCAGCAAGAGUUUAUACAACUUAGAGGUCGGUCACGAGGCCAGUUCGCCUGACUUGAGUUCGUCGCCGCUGAAUCAGCAGGAGGACGAGAGCAUGAGUGGCACAGAGGAGGCCAACUUGCGCGCCGACACCCCCGGCUCGGAACGCUCAACCCCUGAGGAGGGUCGUGGAUUCCGACGCCGUAAGCAGCACCGACCCGACCCAGCAUGCUGCCCCAUCUGCGGGGUGACCAUCCGGGCCGGCGAGUUCGAAACGCACUACAUGCAGGAGGUGGAGCGACUGAUGAAGAUGUCCCUGGCGUCCAAGGGCGCCGGGCCCUCCAACACGCAGAGUCCCGACUUUGGCCCGGGCAGCUCUGAGAGCACAGUCACCGGGGGCACCACCGCUGAGUCCAGAUGGGAGACGUACCAGCGGGUGAAGAACAACCGGCAGAACCGUCUGCGGAGCAAGCACCGCAGCGCCAAGCACCACCGACGCAGCGACGAGGUCGUGUGUCCCGUGUGCAACGAGGCCAUCCACACCAUCCCCGGCGGUAACACGGUCGAGCAGCUCAACGCGCACGUCGAGCAGUGCUUGCUGCAGAAGGUAAAACCCAGACAAACUGCCAACAACGAUGUUGAUGCUGACAUUGAUGUCGAGGGAGAUGAAGACAAUGGUUCUUUUGAGGAGUACGAGUGGGCUGGACAGAAACGCGUGCGAGCCUCGUCAUUACUCGCAGGAGGAUAUGUUGGUGCUGGAAUGCAAGCAGGCCAGUCAGCCGAGGAUGAAGAGGGCGACUUGGUGGUGGACGGCGACGACACUGUGAUCUAUGGCCCACCUCAAUACAACGACAAUGACGUACGAAUGGCAGCCGAGGGCAAGCGGGAAAGCAGUCCUGGAAAUAAAGUAGAGGUUAAGCCGGAGCCCUCCGAAAAUUUAGAUGACAACAAAGAGGCUCAAAAUAAUCCGCAAAUUGAAGCACUGAAGAUGAAAAUUAAGCAGCUCGAGUCGACAGCGUCCGAGGAGAAUAAACUGAAAUGCCUCAUCUGCAUGGACCGCUAUCGCAAGCCUGUGAUCUCUAUCAACUGCUGGCAUGUUCACUGCGAGGACUGUUGGCUACAAACCUUGGGAGCCAAGAAGCUGUGUCCGCAGUGCAACAUAAUUACUUCUUCAUCCGAUCUGCGCCGCAUUUACUUGUGAUUGUGACGCUCGAAUAUUGAUUCCGUUUCUGUUUUGACCGAUCGCGUGUCACUACGUGCAGCUGUGCAUCAAAAAGUGGACAAAAGAGAGAAGAAAGAUUCGCCCUUCAAGUUCCGUGUUACCUUUUAACGUAGAUGAAUAUAUUUAGUUGAAUAGACUACGUCCAUUGUAAUUUUCAUGUCCACCGCGAACAACUCUCGCAGUGUUGUUGAUUGAUGUUAAAUUUAGCAAAAAGAGAAGAGACCAUGCAAAAUUGUUGGUGACAAGUAUAGAAGAGGAUAUUACGCAUUUCUUAACUGUCUGCAUAAAUAUCAUGUAAAUCAAUAAACACUACUGACCGCCAUUAAA